UUAACCAAUUAGUUAGACAAAGAGAGAAAUAAAAAAUUGAAUGCUUCCAUCAUCCAUGGGAUGCUACUCUAAUAAACAUAACCUAUUUAUAACCUAACAUUUGCAAUGUUAUUGGAAACAGUAAUUAUUAAAUAAUUUAUGGAUUCUAAAAAUGAAUCCGAUUCACAAUCUACUCCUCCGAAAAAGUCUAAAAAGCACAGGCAAAGGAGUCCCAAGUUUCAGCCUCCUGAAGACGACUCAACCGAAGACCUGAUAAUUGCCGAGGAUGUAAGCUUAAGUUCAUCUUCGUCAUCCUCUAAAAAUAAAAUAAAAAUACAGACGCCCACUUCGACCAAUAAGAAACGAAAGAAACGAGAUAGCGCGACUUCUAGCGACGAAGAGCGAUGGCUAACGGCAAUCGAAUCGGGAAAACUCGAAGAUGUAGAUGACGAAUUGAAGAAAAUUAAACCUAAAGAUCCGUCACUCAUGACCGCUCGUCAACGUGCCAUGUACGAUAGGGGCACGGAUGGCAGUCCGAGCAUUUCAACACCCACUUUGAUGUCGCUUCCGACCGGAUACAAGGAAAAAGUGAUGACGGCAGAAGCGAUACAAAAGGCGGCUAUUAAAUCUCAGAAACGCAAACAGCUGGCUGAUGAAAAGCGGGAAAAGGAUAAGAAGAAAACUAUGGAACGUUUACUGAAGAAGCAAGAGUCCAAGACGAAGAUAACAAAGCCUAAACUGUCGAAAUCGACAAUACCUAAAAUUUUGUACAUACAAAAUAUUGAUAGUUCAACCAUUACAUUUCCGCAAGAUUAUGAGUUCCCUCUACAACCGAAAAGGAUAGUGUAUCCAUCAAAAGUGUAUUGUGCAAUGGGUUGUGGAAAUUUAAAAAAAUAUUCUUGUAAAUUUACCAAUGUACCUCUGUGCAGUUUUAGUUGUUAUAAACAAAAUUUGGCUAGAAAUAAAGUGUUAAUGAAGCCUUGAGCA